CUUGUUUUGUGCAUGUUGAAAUCAUCACUUACGGUCUCACUGAUACACUUGUAUCUGAAACUAUCAAAUUGAGCGAUCGAUGCUUCUUAGCAGCAUGUACAGCAACAUAAUCCUUUCAGUGCUGGCUUUCUGGAUCCAAACCACUGUAACUGGAUUUGAAGUUUCAAUCGAUGUAAAGCCCCCAGCCGUGGAAUUUGGAGGUUCCAUUGGGAUGAACUGCAGCACAACAUGUCCAAAACCAACAAUACAUAUGGAAUAUAAACCAGGAGUAAAUUUCAUGAGAACAAACGGCAGUACUUGGUACCAUGACUAUUUCCCAAGUGUCCAGGAGUGGGAUUUAACACUAGCAUGUGCUGUGAAUUGUCUGGAUCCUCAGCUAAAGAAUGUGAAAAAGCAUGUCACAGUGUACAAUCGAGAGAUAAACAUCACAGUACUCCCUGAAGUGCUGGAGAUUAACAGGACAUAUCGUCUGGAGUGCACUGGUCCAAGAGUCUAUCCAAAUAACAAACUCAUUCUCACAUGGCUGAGAGGGAGUGAGAUUGUCCAGAGAGAUUCCACAGGCGAACUAGGUCUUCCGGAUGAAGAUAAAAGGUUGAGAAAUGUCUUCAAUUUCGUUGCGAGUCAAUCAGAUGAUGGACAGGAGUACACCUGCUUGGCUGAAGUGGACUCAGGCUCUAACACCACAAAGUCAAUCACAAACUCUUCCGUCACUCUGCAAACUUACGCUUUCAUGGAUCAGCCGAGAAUCCUGGACAAAAGACCCAAAGAAGUGAAGCGAGAAGUCACAUUAACAUGUGAGGUCUCAAAUGUCUAUCCUGCUGAGAAGAUGAGAGUAAGAUGGUUUCAGGAUGGUGUGGAACUGAACUCAGAUACCACAAGGCCAAAUUCCAACACUGUCCGAAUAACAGCAGCAUGGACACCACAGGAAUCUGGUCUGAUGGAAGUCGUCUGUAUGGCCGAUUUUGAGAAAUAUCCUUCAAUUCCCCCAAAGAAUGAUAGUGCUUUCAUUGAGGUGUAUGCUUUCUCUUCCCCUGAAAUCCAAGUACCGACCACCCAGGAAGGAAAUCUGGUUAAUAUUACGUGCCGUGUGUUGAAUGUCUCAGGGGAUCUUGAACUCAGACUGAAGAAAGGAAAUGACACAUUAGUGAAUGGAUCAAGCAGUACUGGGCUCACUAUCUCUCAUACAGUAGAGGCUGAAGCUAAGCUGGAUGGUCAGCAGUAUAUCUGUGAAGCUGAACUGAAACUUCAAGAUCACUCAAUGACGAGCCCUGUUAUUAAACAACACAUUGGAACUCUCCAUGUCCUGUAUCGAGAGAUAAGCAUUACAUUACUCCCUAAAGUACUGGAGAUUAACAGAUCCUAUAGUCUGGAGUGCAUUGGCCCAAGAGUCUAUCCAAACAACAAACUCAUACUCACAUGGCUGAGAGGUAGCGAGAUUCUUCAGAGAAAUUCCACAGGCGAACCAGGUUCUGUGGAUGAAGAUAAAAGGUUGAGAAAUGACUUCAAUUUCAUUGCAAGUCAAUCAGAUGAUGGACAGGAGUACACCUGCUUGGCUGAAGUGGACUUGGGCUCUCAGACCACAAAGUCAAUUACAAACUCUUCUGUCACUCUGCAAACUUAUGCUUUCAUGGAUCAGCCAAAAAUCCUGGACAAAAGACCCAAAGAAGUGAAGCGAGAGGUCACAUUAACAUGUGAGGUCUCAAAUGUCUAUCCUGCUGAGAAGAUGAGAGUAAGAUGGUUUCAGGAUGGUGUGGAACUGAACUCAGAUACCACAAGGCCAAAUUCCAACACUGUCCGAAUAACAGCAGCAUGGACACCACAGGAAUCUGGUCUGAUGGAAGUCGUCUGUAUGGCCGAUUUUGAGAAAUAUCCAUCAAUUCCCUCAAAGAAUAAUAGUGCUUUCAUUGAGGUGUAUGGUCAAACAACAGCCAGAAGGCUUGCAGCAAAGAUCAUUGGCCUCUCCUCUGUUGUAAUCAUAGCUGGAGAAUUGUUAUUUAUCACAAUCACUUACUGCAUCAAACAAAAUAAAAAGAAGUAAACAUAAAUAAUCAAUGUA